AUGUACAAGUUCCCCACUUUAAGGAAAAAAUUCUUGGCCGGGUCAGUAGUCUAUUUUAGGCUUACUACUAACCAUUCAUCUCUUCCUUCUUCCCUUUUCCUUCCUUACUCUCUCUCGAUCUCACUUGACCAUCCGUCCUUUCUCUCUUUCUCUCUUCUCUUCUCUCUUGCUUUCCUCUCCCACUGCAUUUGGAAUCACUUGGAAUAUGUGAAUUGCUACGCUGUUUUGGUUAUCUAUUAUUUAACGCCAAAUAUUUCUUCUUCUGCUUCUCCUCCUCCUCCUCGUCUUCUUCUUCUUCUUCUUCUUCUUCUUCUUCUUCUUCUUCUAUCUUUUCCCUUCUCCUCCUCCCCUCCUCGUCUUCUUCUUCUUCUUCUUCUUCUUCUUAUGCUUCUCCUCCUCCUCCUCCUCCUCCUCGUCUUCUUCUUCUUCUUCUUCUUAUGCUUCUCCUCCUCCUAUUCUUCUUCUUCUUCUUCUUCUUCUUGUCGUUUCCUCCUUCUUCUUCUGCUUCUCCUCCUUUUCCUAUUCUUCUUCUCCUCAUCCUUCUUCUCCUCCUCCUCCUCCUUUUUUUUCUUUUCUUCUUCUCUUCCUUCUCUUUCUCCUCCUUUUUCUUCUUCUUCUUCUUCUUUUUCUCCUUCACCUUCUUCUCCUCCUCCUCCUUCUUUUCGUCUUCUCCUCCUUCUCUUUCUCCUCCUUCUUCUAUUUCUCCUUCUCCUUCUUCUUCUUUUCUUCUUUUUCUUCUUCUUCCCCUCCUACUUCUUCUUCAUCACUUUCUUCUUCUUCCUCUUUUCUUCUUUUCCUCCUCCUUUCUCUUCUUCUUUUACUCCUCCUCCUUUUCUUCACCUCCUCCUUCUUCUCCUUCUCCUUCUUUUUUUUCUUCUUCUUCUUCUUCUUUGCUGUGUCCUCUCAGGACCAUUUUCUCUUUCUCUAUCUCUGUAUUCGUAUUUCUUUUUUCUUAAUUUUUCUUUCUUUCUUUCUUUCUUUCUUUCUUUCUCUCUCUCUCUCUCUCUCUCUUCUCUCUCUUCUCUCUUUCUCUCUCUCCUAUUUCUUCCUUUUUAA